UGGUCUAGCAGCUUUCUUAUAAACUUCUAGUGGUGUUGCUACUCAACUGUCUACAGUACAAACUGGUCCGAAUUUAAUGUAACUCAUUCCUUAUUCCGGUAUCUCACUUUUCAUUCAUUUGUUGUUAUCUACCCCAAUGAAAAGAUGCAGUCUGCGACCCUGACACCUCGCGUUUAUUGGGCUCAGAGACACGAAGAUGUGUAUUUGCGAGUGGAGCUUAAUGACGUGCAGAACCCAGAAAUCAACAUUACAGGAAACACACUCCAUUUUCAUGCUCAUGGCCAUGGAGCAAAAGGAGAAAAUCUUUAUGCAUUUCAUCUUGAGUUUGUGGAACUUGUUAAACCCCAGCCCAUGUACAAGGUUACAGAAAGACAGGUGAACAUUACAGUGAAGAAACAAGAAAGCCGAUGGUGGGAUAGAUUAACAAAACAAGAGAAGAAACCUUUGUUUCUUGCUCAUGAUUUUGAUCGUUGGAUUGAUGAGUCAGAUGCAGAAAUGGAACUCCAAACAAAGGAAGAAGAACAGAUAAACAAAGUCUCAAUCAAGUCAAGGAUUCCAAAAGACUCCUUCAGAACUUUGAAGUUGGGAUAUCUCUUUAUGUAUAAUCUUGUGCAGUUCUUGGGAUUUUCCUGGAUCUUUGUAAAUAUGACUGUACGUCUCUUUAUCCUAGGACAAGAUUCGUUUUAUGAUACUUUCCAUACGACUGCCGACAUGAUGUAUUUCUGCCAGAUGCUGGCAGUUGCUGAAAUUGUACAUGCAUUAAUGGGCUUAACAAAGACUGCAGUUAUACCUUGUUUAAUCCAGGUGUUUGGAAGAAAUUUUAUACUCCUUGUCGUCAUUGGAAGUCUAGAAGAAAUGCAGAGUAAAGCUGUGGUGUUCUUUAUAUUUUACUCAUGGAGCAUGAUUGAAGUUUUCAGGUACCCGUACUACAUGCUUGUUUGCAUUGAUACAAAAUGGAGUCUGCUAACCUGGAUUCGCUACACCAUCUGGAUUCCUCUUUAUCCUCUUGGAGCAUUAGCAGAAGGUAGUUAG